UUAGCAAUGCACAGUACUUGGUUGAUACAUUUAUCUAACGGCCCCUAUUGGAAUAAAAUAAUCGGAACAGAAUAUACAAAUUGCAGAAAAAAUUGGUGGGCCAAUCUUUUAUACAUCAACAACUACAUCGAUAACGAAAACAUGUGCAUGCAACAAACUUGGUACUUGGCGUCUGAUACUCAGUUGUUUUUAGUAUCGUUGAUAGUACUUUCGUUGAUUUGGAAGUUUCAGAGAUACGCAAAAAUAAUUUUGGGAAUUAACUUAAUAAUUGGCAUGAUGAUCCCCGGCAUAGUUAGUUACGUAGUGCAAAGCGACAUCGUAAUUCGCCAGUUCCCAGAACCACUGUAUCACCUCUUACUGAAAAUCCCUCACUGGCAUCUCCUGUAUGCUUCUGGAUACUCCAACUUGGGGGGCUACGCUAUUGGUUUGUGUUGUGGAUACAUAUAUUACAAGAAUUUAAAUGCCAAAAUAAAUGUUAAAAAGAUACAUGUGGUUCUAUGGUGGAUACUAUCAUUUGGCUUGUGCAUUUUCAUCAUUUUAAUAGCUGGUAUCAUGUACAAAGAGGAUUUUACGUACAGCAGAUUGGGUGCAGCAUUUUAUUGGUCCGUUGGAAAAAAUUUAUUCGCUUUAGGCGUUGCUAUAGGAAUUUAUGGAACCACCUUAAACAUAGGAUGGUUUGCCAAGUGGAUUUUAGAAUUACCCAAUGUCCAGAUUUUAGGACGUCUGACCUACAGCACUUAUAUAGUUCAUGUCGCUUUGGCAAAAUUCAGAGCAGGAACGAUAAGAUCGCCCCUCUUUAUAAGCGACUAUUAUUUUUUUUUCACAGCUAUGUCCGACAUCCUCAUUUCAUACUUAGUUGGCACUAUGUUAUGCAUAGCAUUUGAAAUGCCAAUAUCAGCGUUACAAAAAAUAUUUGUGCCGCAACUAUCGAAGAGAAAGGAGGAAGAUUCGUCAGAAAAAUCGUUGAAAACGGUGGACUUUUCGGAAGAAGAAAUGCAAACGAGAAUAUAAACAAUGUACAAUUUAAAAUAAUUCUGUGGUAAGUGACGAUGCGUGUAACAGCAAUUAAGAUUUGUUAUUACGGUAAAAAACGUGUUAUUACAAUUGUAUAUAACUUGAUUAAUGAGUUAAUGUCUUCAUCAUGAUGAGUGUCAACUUUACAUUACAUACAUUUAUUCAGUAUACGUCACGUAUUAAUAUUAAC